AUGCUUAAUAGCCCAAGUGAAAUUGAGCUAGGCGACAAACUUAUGGUCUACUGCCAUACGGCUUGUAUUAAUUGUCAAUUGGUUGAAUUUCUCGACAAGAUCGAUUAUCAAACGGGCGAGGCAAUUGAGGCAUCUUCAAAUUUUAUAAAAUCAGGCGACCUCGCUACAGUCAAAUUGGUUUUAUUACAGCCUGCCUGCGUUGAAAACUUUCAAGACUAUCCAUCGUUGGGUCACUUUACUAUUCGUCAAAUGAAUCAUACGGUAGCCGUUGGUAUCAUCAAGGAUGUUGAAAAGAUGACAGCCGUAUCUUAUGAUAAUCCCACAUCAAAGAUUGACAUCUACUAG